CUAGAUUUCUUUUUAACUUUAGUGACAUACAGUCACAAUUUUAUUAAGAGAGGUUGCAAGUAUUACCCCACCACACGUUAUUAUGUACACUUCACAAUUUCUGAACAUUGAGUAAAUUAUGCUUUUUUCUUUCUUUCUUUCAACAUAAACAGAGAUAAUUUUUCUUACAGAGUUUCAUCUUCUUCUCACAUGCCCUUAAAGGAAAAGGUCUUCAAGAUCAUUUCUUUUCUCUCUGAAUUACGUUUUGGAUCCAGUUUAUCGUUUUCUUAUUUGUCUUCAUUCUUCUACAUUGUUGAUUGUCGUAGACAAAUAACACUGGGUUGCUAUGGUGCUACCUUAUAUAGACUGUGCUCACCUGUGAUUGGUGGUUUCAUUGUACCUGUUGUUCAGCAUGCUUCCUCCUGUAUCAUACAUUUUCAAGUUUAUUUGCACAGUAAUAAUUUUUCUCUGUUUUGCUGCUAUUUGACUAGUAAAUAAAGUUAAAGCAUAAUACUCUCCUCCUGUAAUAGGCAAAGGGAUGUUCAAGGAGUGUGCCAAACGUGAACACCAAAUGGUCAGAAAUCUCUUGUCUGUCUGUCUGUCUGUCUCUCAUCUUAAUCUUAUUUUAGUUACAUCUAGAUUCAAUUUGUGUUUAUUUAUUUGGUCUUUAUUUAUUUCCUGGUUUUAUUGUUUUGCUUAGUUAUUUUAAUUUAUGUUACACUCUUGAACUGCAUUGGUAUGAGAACUGAUUCUACGUAGUUUUCUGAAAAUGUUAGUCACUGUAAUCUAUCUACUAAAAUGAUUAAAUAUACUUGUACUUAUAAUUGUAAUAUACUUGUACUUAAACUUGUACACUAUGUGUACUAACAUAGACCUAAAGAGACAUUUCCCACUGGUGAGAACAUGCCACUUCUGACUUCAGAACUUCUGACUUUUCCAGAACUAAAUUUAUUGAGCAUUCAUUACACACAAAAAUACUUUAAAAUGCCCUUUAUUUCCAGCACAGGUAGCUGUUUUAAGGCAUUUUUUAAUGAAGCAUUUAUCUUACUCACCUAUAUCCUGUUAUCUUUGAGGUCAAAGUUUCCAAAAGCAGAUGGCAAGUUCUCAUACCUCAGGGACUCUCAGGACUUUUUACUGAAUGCGCUGUCACAUUAGCCCUUUUUUUCAGAGUCACCACACAGGGUUUGGUUCCCAGAAGAAACUGUGAGCAGUAAAAUGGCAUGGUCUAACAUAGGUAUUAUCCUGAUGGUAUGUUUAUUAAAGAAUUCAUCUUGUUCAGAAGUACUGAACACCACAAUCACUACAGGUAUGUAUUUUAUUUAUGUAGUCUUCCUUGUUUCUUCAACAAUAGCUAAGUUUAGACCUACUCUAAAUGUGACCAGGACAAAGGGAAAUAUAACAAUGUUGUCAAACAUCAAGUUAAUGGGUAAAAGAGUAGUAGGUAGGUAUAUAACAUAUUGUAUGCUAAUUGUAAGUCAGAUAUAAAUAAUAUAAUACAUAAAUAAUUCAAGUAGAUAUAAACAAAGUAACAAAAAAAUUAUUAUCUGAAGAAAGAUCAUAUGAUUUAUCUCUUUAUUACCAGUUAUCCCUAAAGAAUAAAUCAAUGUCUCAUAUCUAAUGCAAUUUUACAAUAAAUAUUGGUAGCCUUUUUCGUACAGCACAGGAUUGAAAUGUAUGAACUUACAUUGUAAUCACAUUUUUUCAAUAUCUUCUGGUCAGGGAAAGUAUUUGAAAACCUCAUAGAAUGGAAAUGUUUUAACUUCAUCCUCAGUUGACCUGAACCCUAAUUUGAGGCAAAUAUUGUGAGCGCAAAAAUGAUCUUUACCUGAUAUCAUCCUGUUAUAAACUGUAUCAACGCCAUAUUGUGCCUGUAUGGACUUAAUACCUAUGUUUAAUCUGCGCUGAAGAUUUGUUUCUACAUUCCUGAUAGAUGUCAUUGAGAUUUGGUGGAGAGUGAGGGGGCAGACCUAUUGGGUGGGGGAAAUGGUGAGAAUACGUGCAAGUUGUAUUUUCUCUGUCUGAAUGUGUGUUUUGCCAGCAAGCAUUGUUCUGACCAUAUGUCCAGAGCAAAGGAUUGCGGUUUUUAGCUUAUUUCUGCUUUUGACCUUCUCUGCUCAGGAAUAGAUCUUCUUAAAUAAAAACAUCCAACUCUUCCAACCAUAUAACUAGAUUUGAAGUGGAGAAUAUAAUAUAAUUUCUAUGUAUUAGUGUGCUUCAGUAGAGUACAACCUGUACCUUUCCAAUAUUGACCAUAUUGCUGUAUGUUCAAUAAAUCUAUCUUUUCACAAAAAGAGCUUUGAGUCAUUUCCAGUCUCAACAUCGACACAUUUUUGGAGAGCAUAUUUUGCUACCUUCUGUAUUUCUGCAUAGAAUCUGUUGUUGAAUGCCAGAAUGUGCGAAACAAGACAAGCCAAACUAACUUAAAAUGACUCUUAAGGCACUCAGACAAUUUGGGUGCAGUGAAACUACAAUGCUUACAUGACAAGGUUAAGACAGCCUCUAGUAGCUGUCUCCCAGACAGUCACUAGAGAUGCUUCCUUAUAUUUCACAGAGUUUGACUCAGUGAAAUAAUGCUGGAUGUCCGGACGCUUUGCUUGAGGACUUCCUGCAUCUUCUAAUACCCGAUAGGAAAGCAGUGAAUCAAUGCUUUUCUAUGGGGAAAGCCUAAUGAGCGAGCAGCGCUCGCCAUACAUGGGCAAUCAGAUCCCCCCCCUCCCCAUUCGUUGAUGUUGGUGGAGGAGGAGCCUGACAUCGGCACUGGAAUCAGGUAAGUGUUUAAAGCAUUUUUUUUUAACCUUUUACUUGCCAUCUUUCCUAACACUAAAGUUUUCCUUUCAGUAUACUAAGCUAGAUGAGGAAUACAGAGACAGCCAAUGUGUACCACAUGUAUGCUAAGCAGAAAUGUAGUUAGGACUAGCGAUGCCUUACCAGUUUUGCAAAUAAUAUCCUGUCCAGCGUGUUCCUAACUAGUGCCUCCAUUCUCACUGUAUCAUUUGUCCUAACAAUUUGCAUUAAAGGUAAAUCUAUUUUCAAUAUAAUAAUCCUUUCUUCAUAUUUUGAAAAGCAAUGUUCUUCUCUGCUUCAUUCCAUGCACAGAAGAAGAGAAUAACAUAAAGACUAACCGUAGGCUUUGAAACACUGACCAACCCAAGGUGCAUGUAUAUAUCUGAAGGAACCUGUCAUAUUCUAAAGAUAGGGAUGAGUUUUUAGCUUUGUGGAAAGUAAAAUAUUCUUUGUGUCCUACAGUAAUUUAUAUUUCAAGAAACCAGAACAAAAAAAAAUCUGUUCAUACUGAAGUUAUAAAUGAGAAGCAUUUCUGAGUUGUUUUUUUUUACUUUACUCUUGGGGGUUAUUUAAGGUCAAAGGACUAGACACAGAUGAUCUGUACAUUUUUUUUUCAAGAUUUAGGCCCACGGGACUAGCGAUCCCAUGACCUCUAAAUUAAUGGAGACAUCCAAUACCAGUGGACUCGGUAUCCCAUGAUCCUUUCAUUAUUGUGAACAGGUAGACCACAAUAUUGGGGAUUCUCUGGAUUAUUUCAUGUUAUAUUCUCUACAAAGACUAGGGGUACAGUGAAAUGUGCCCAGGGCUGCUGGUAGGUUUUCAUUUAUUUUUUUCAACCCAUGUCUGGCCACAUGCAUUCUUUAAUAAAUUUAAUCCCCAAACACCCUGCACACCGCAUGGUGAAAAAUAGGAGAGGGAUGAGACUUGACUGACAUGUUAUAAACUUUUUCCAUAAUUCCUUAUGCCAAAUGCAAGUUAUCAUGUUCCCAUGACUGUCACUUGUACCCUGGCAAUCACUGGACAUUUUAAAUUUGCAGUGAAAAUGGCCAAUGCAGAAAUACUUUAACUGGAUGCAAAUUAAAUGGAAAUUUUAAAAAAGUCUAAAUUAUAGAAAAAAACAAACAAAAAAAAAACAACUACUGGUUUUGACUAGCUAUUAGAAAAUACCAUUUCUUUAAAUUUUAAAGUUCCCCAUUAAAAUUUCAAUUUGGAAAAUGUUUUCCUAGUUCCUUUAGUUUGAAAAAAAAGAAAAGAACUGUUUGCCUUCAUUGGCAGAUGACAUUAGCAGUGCUCAGGUGUUCUGGGUUACACGACUAAGGCUGAUAUCGUCAGGUGGCAAAAGACGCAGACGUGUCACAGCAUUUCCCUGGUGAAGCAUACAUAAUAAUUGCAAUUGUUGCAAAUGCCAUGAAACAUGCUUACAUAUUCAAGAAACACUCAAGUGAAAUUCCCUGGUGCCUUGUUAAAAAAAAAUUCUGGCAAUGACUUCUGAGACUUCUUUACUUCUGGGAACAGAAAAUUAAACACUUGUCAGCAUAGAGAGAGCAGUUAGCAUAACGGAGUCUAAAAAUUAUAAUGUAUUUGUUUUAAUUGCACUUAAAAUAAUAACUGUAUUCCCCUUAGUAUUUCCAUAUUGUGUUUAUGAAGAAGCCACCAAGGGCCCUUAGUUUAGCUGUUAGAGUAGACAAAGAAGUUUGAAGACUGCAUCUAGGGGUGACUCCUGAUGGGACCCUAAAAGUAUCCAACCUCUUUUUGUUGUUUCACACAGUAACUUCUUGUAUGUUGAGGAUGGACAGUAGAAAGUAAUUGUUGAUAGAACCAAUUAGAUAGAUAGAACCAACUUACAAACUUGUGCAAAUGCAUUUCUAAUUCAUCGUCUGUUAUCUUUAUAAGGUGUUUUUGAGAAAUUAUAUAAAGUUCUUUGUCCCUCUAAGAGGUUCUACAGGUUGUUGACUGGAGCUAGUUUUGAAAGCAGACCCCAGUGUUUUUAUGUACCCAGUCUUCAAUGUGUUUGUGUAUUUACCAAUCUCCAAGUUGAGAAGACACUGUCAGUGAUUAUGGUAUUUCAAUUAAAGUCGUAGAAAAGCAUUAAAUAAAUAAAAAAAUACUUAAUAGAAUUCCAAAAUAUUGCAUGCUUUAUAGAUCCUAAAACACAUCAGGUUUUCUGCACAAUUAUAAUGAAUUAUAUAUUAAAAGAUGAUUGUAUAUGAUCUUACCCUAACCAUCUCCUGCAUGUUGCUCUUCUCUCUAUUCCAGAAUUUGUUAGGCAACCCACGGUUCUGCAAGAUGUGUCUGCUGCCAAAGAUUUCAUUAGUUCAAAUGAUUUUGCUAUUAUAGCAUUUGUUAAGGUAUGUUACUUAAUUGUUUCAGAUAUCAUUUGAUUUUCUAUAAAAUUAAACAGAUAGACAAAAGUAACGGAACUUCACUGCAUGUAAUAUAUAUAUGUAUAUAUACACAUCAUUUCAAACCUUUUGGUCAUUAUCACUAUUUUACAGGAUUCCGAGGAGCCAGAAGUAAAGCAUUUUUAUACUCUUUUCAAGAAUCAUCCGGAAUGGGACUUUGCAAUAAGCACUAGUCCAGAAGUCUUACAACAUUUUAAAAUUGAAAGCACCUCGUUGACUUUUUUUAGACAGGUAAUUCAUCUGCCAUAUUGUUUUCAACGGUGAUACACGGGUAAUAAACAGAAGACACAUAUCCUAAUGGUAGGUUUAUUUCUUGAGUUAGGAACAGACAGCAGAGCAUCAUAUUCAAAUACAGUCCAUGAUUAAGGACAGGUAGUGAAAACUCGUAUACUAGGGUAUGAGUUAAUGGUCACGAAUCCAUAUAAACACUAAUAUAGCCUCUUAAGGACACAUGACGGAAAUAUUCCGUCAUGAUUCCCUUUUAUUUCAAAACUUGUGUCCUUAAGGGGAUAGGAAGACACGAUGCAGAAUACAGAAAACAGAAGGGAUAAAAAAAAAAGUAUCUAAUAUAGGGACUGACUUCAGGCAUAAAGCACCAUAAACACUUUGUACUGUCUCAUGUUCACCUGGGGAAUAUUUAGGGUGAUCCAGGCAGGCACACAGAUGCUGUGUCAAAACUCACUGUACCAGUAAGUAAUGAUGUUGGAGCUACCAUAGUGGCACUGCAGCGUCCUGGUGUUUUCUUAACCCUUUGUCAUGAAAGUGUUAACUAUGCAAUAGUCGACUUUAGCAUAAAUAGCACUUCAACUGUAAUGCUCUGCUUGCAACUAUCUGUCUGUUCGCAUUCAACAUCUAAUGCAUACCUUUUUUUGUAAUAUGGUAUUCUACAAGGCAAUACAAAUAAAUAUAAUUUAUAUUUAUCCUUUUCUGAAAUUAGGUGGACAAUACCAGAACUGAUUUAGUAUUAAAGGAAUACCAACAAAUAGAUACUGCCAAAAUGUAUCGAUUUCUUUCUAUAAAUGAGUUGAGAUGGGUGACGUCAUACAACUCGGUGGUGAGUUAUUUCUGCAUAUUUAUUUCUAAUGUCGCAAAAUGAACACACAAACUGAAAAUGUAGUUGAACUGGAGACUUUUCCUAAUUUUGCUUAUUGUGAUUAGAAUUUGAAAUAAAUUCACUUUAAAUUCACUUUCUGUUUCCAGCAAUUCACAUUUUAUUGAAUAAUCCUGGUAGAAAAGCACAUAAAAAAAUAAAACAGUGGACAGUGAUCUGAAUUAAUGAGGUGACUCAGCGAUGAAAUGUUAAAAAAGAACAGUCUGUAUUUUUUAUAAAUUUUAAAAAGAAACAAAUAUGGUGUUCCACUUCCAGAUCCAUGUCAGCUUCACCUGUUACACUUUAUGCAGACUAUGAAAAAGAGGUGACUGUAAACAAUUUUGUAAAGUGGUUAUGGUUUCCAUGCUUUACUACUGGUUUAUUCUCAUGCAUGUUUAUUCUAAUUCAGACAGCAGUGGGCGUGAUGGCUUCUGAAAUCCAGGUCCAUCUACUACUCUUUGUAAACAACAAACUGGAGAAUGAAGAGGAAACACUCAAAGAAUUCCGUGAAGCAGCAAAAGAACUGCAAGGACAGGUGAAUUUGCUUGUACUAUGGGUAUAAAGGUACUACGAUAAUACUACAGAAAAUGAAUACCAUAGUCAUACUGUAUUUACACUAGAGAAGUCAAUUACUUUUAUAAACAAAGGCACUAAGUUAGCACGCUGCUUUCAGCUUUCUCAUCAGAAGUUAGUUAAAUUCACACUUGAUAAUGCAGAAUUUAUUAGUGCUUCUUCAAGGUGGGGCAGGCUAUUAGUGCCUAUUAGAACCCCUGUUCUUUUCCUACCUCACCUUAUCAAGUUGACAGAAUACCAGGAAAAGGGUGCCAAUGUACUCGUAGCACAGUACAAUGACCUGUAUGGUGCUUAAAGUGCCUUCGAAGAAUUCGGAGUAAACACUAUGCAGAGACAGGCCAGGUAUAAGGUCUCACUCGGGGGAAUUAUGUCAGUUCAAUUAACCCAUUCACUUCGGGUGGAACUCAAGUAAGCAUUUUAAAAGUACUGUAAACAAUGAAAUCUAGACUUGUCACAGUGAAAAUAUUUGUUUCGGGAGGGAGUGUAGGCAGAGAAGGAGGAUCAGACCAAGAGGCGAACAUGGUCAUAGAUCUGCUGCACUCCAACCCCACCACCCUACCGGACCGGUGGGGGAUAUCCCGGUCCAAUUUAGGUGAUAUAAGCUGUUAGAGCUGUGGAGGACUUUCCUGUCAAUACUUACAAGAGGCACGGCAUUAUGCUGUGCAGACUCGACUGACUGGUCCUGCCGCAUUUUAUUUAAUCUGGAGGCAAUCUUUGCCCGCUGCUAAGCUACACUGGAGGAGAGGAUGAGGCUGGCGCACCCUGCUGUGACCCAGCCUGUGGAACCCCUCGCUCACCCCACUAUUAAACGAACAGCUGUCCCUCCCAUUCCAAGCGCUCCCGCAGUGCGAUCUUUUCGGAUGACCAACCAAGCCACAAAAGCCGUGCAACAGGCGGACAGCACGUUGAUCUCCCCAGAUACCCCGGCCUUCAGGCUUUCUCCCGGAUGGAAAGACUACGACCUCUGGAGCUCCCUGAGCAGGUGCCAAAGCAGGGAUUGCUGAUCCACCAGUCUGGAGCUGGGAAGAAGCUCAGCUAAGACACCGUAAAACUACUUAUCCCAAUGUACUGCACAAACGCAUGACAUGCCUACCCAGCUUCGGCAUCGGAUGAAUACCCUUUGUCCCUCCUCAUGCUAUGCCCAAAUAGAAGGACACUGUGCCCUUUCUAACUAUGGCAAAGCAAACCCCAUCUGUCAGCUAUGCUAUAAGUAACAUAACUCAAUCUGCGUAUCUUAUUGCUUUCUCUUUCAUGCCCCAAACCCUUGCAUACUCCAACUCUGCACACUCUAACACAGUAACUCACCUAAUCUUCUACUAACAUUGUUUCUCUAGCCUGUAUUUUCUCAGGUCUUACAUUAAAACCUAUAGUGCAGCUCGUUUCUUCGUAUCAUAAAACAGUGCAAUUGUCUCAUAUGUCAUGGCAUUGUAUGUACAUGUUUGACCUCAUUAAGCUUGUAGAUGCUGUUGUGGCACUACCAGCCUGUAUAUAAUUUUUUUUUGCACCCCAAAAUAAAGAAUUUAAAAAAAAAAUUGUUACAGGGUAGCCACUUCAUCAAAAAAAAUGGAGGCUAUAUUUUAGCCAUAAGGUGAUUUGGCUCAUCCUAAUUUUGCUAACAAGGAAGAAAGAUUCUUGAAAUAAUUCUAACAAACCAAUAUACAUGCUUUGUACAUAUUUUCCUGUACACUAAUAAGUGCUUUGCCCACCAAUUGGUUCACAGAUCAAUUAAGAAAAAGUAGCUAGUAGAGGGAAAAGAGGAGGAACAGGAAAAAACUAUAUUUAGAUACUUAAAUAGUGUAUAUUUAGUAAGUAUAUAAUAUUUAAAUAUAGAUAAUUCACUGCUCCUCCUUUUUUCCAUCUCUUGUUCACAUCUCACUUGAUCUGUGAAUAAAAUCAACCUAGUGUCUGCCCCUUGCCAUCAGUCAUCCUUCUUCCAUUAAUCUUCUCUUUUUUUUCCGCCAUUGGCAGAAUUCGGAAUCACAAAUCAAAACGAACAUGUUCUUCCAUUGCACGUUUGAUUUCGGUUUGUAAUUCGGGAUUACAUACAAUCGGCCCGAAUGGCCCAAAUUCAGAUGAAAUGCAGUUCAUAACAAAACAAAUCUCCAAGUCUAAUGAAAUCUUUGAAAAUAUUUGUGACAGACCACCCUGUCCCUGAAUUAUUGUUUUAUAUUAAAUGCUCCAGUAUACAAACGUCACAGAACAGAUUGCCCCAUGUGGUUUUUAUACUGAACAAAGUACCGAACGGAGAAUAUUUCAUAAGCAAGACCAUAUUUAUUUAGUUAUAUAUACCUCACUAUUGUAGUUUUAUUUUGUUUCUGUUUUUUUGCAUUUAUUUUUUUUUUUGUUUAGGUUCUUUUUGUGAAGGUGGAUGCUUUGUUGAAAAGCAAUGAGAGAUCCAUGGCUUAUUUCAAGCUCCAAAAGAAUGAUCUCCCCAAAGUUGUAAUCUAUAACACUGAAAACGAAACCAAACAAUUCUUUAAAGAUGAUGAAUUCACUGCCGAAAGGCUCAAAACAUUUUGCCUUGGCUUCUUGUCUGGGGAUAGUAUUGUAAGUAAAAAUAACUUGUUAAAGUCUGUUAAAAUAUAUUUUAAGCUGUUAAUAAUUAAAAUUAUGUGACAACACCUACAUAGGGUAGUGUGGUUCCAAUGGACUCAGGCAGUACUUUGAAGGCAGACAGCAUAAUGCCCCCCCCCCCCUUUACAUUGUGAAUAACCCUGGGGAGGGAGGGGGCCUUAAAAUUAGUUUAACGAGCUACUCCAUCAUUUGUCUCUAGGAGUAAAAAAUAAAUAAAAAAUCUUCAAUAGACCUAAGGUUUAGAUGGGAGAGUUUGAGAUGUGAAUAAGAAGCAUGAUUCAACUGUUUACCAAUGAAAGAGCUUGUGGUUGGAAGUUUACAGAUGGAAGGAAGGAAUGCAUGAGUAUUUUACUGUUUGUGUCAGAUUAAACAGACAGAAGGUGCUAUAGAUAGCCUCUAAUAAAUAAAUAGGAUAAAACCCUGCUUUAUCUUUUCCUUCCUCGUGUCCAGAGAUUGCUGGGUCAGUUAGCUGAGGUCAGACAAAUGUCUGGGAAACAAGUCAUAACAGUAGGAGAUGUGGGCUGAGAACAUUAUGCAGAAAUUGGACUUGAUCAAAGAUGGUAGAAAAAAAAAAUAACUGUUUUAGAAAAGGAAUGGAAUUUUAAUGGUAAAACAAUAUUUGAGGCGGCAAUAUAGCAUCUUUUAUAAAUGUUACUCCUUAACUGUCUUGGGAAAAAAUUAUUAUUGACAAAUGAGAAUUAUUUAUGAUUAACAUAUUUAAUAUAUUUGUGCACAUUGGAACGACUUUCAUAUCUGUAGACUGCACAUUGUACAAUUACAUUUGCAAAGUGAUAUUGAUAUUUCUGCACUGACGGUUUGGAGAUAUGUGUGAACUCUCAGCUUUAAAUAUGUAGUCAGAGAUUUAAAUACCUGUAAGAUCCAGUUUAUAUAUGAUCUAUAGAUGGUUUCUGAAUCCUUUCAAUGUCUACUUGUUAAAUGUAUUCUCAUAUGCUUUUGCAUAUGGCUGCACUGUCUUUUCAUGCUGCCUUUAUAUAUAGCUACACUGUCAAAGUUAUAUAUAACUAUAUAUUAGAUAAUGCUUUAUCCAUGGCUUCACUGUCUAGUUUUUAAAUGUUACAUGCACUGACACGUGUUCCAAAUUAAUUUGUUUCCGUCACUUCUUAGAUAAAUAGGAUCCUUUAUUUCGUUGUAGAACCUUACCUUGAAUUUGGUUAUUAAAUACUUCUUUGUAUUGUCCUAAAUACAUCUUUUUUAAAAAUAAGCAUAUUUAAAAGUUAAAUUAGUAGUGAUAGGGUAUAUCAAAAUCGUGCCUAAAAUCAUGUGAGAUGUAACUUUAGUACUUUGGAUAUUAUCAGUUCUAAUUGUGCCUCAUUAAAGGAACGCUCCAAUACCAUAACAAGUUCAGAUGAUUUAAAGGAACACUAUAGUCACCUAUAUAACUUUAGCUUAAUGAAGCAGUUUUAGUGUUUAGAUCAUGUUUCUCAGGUUCAAUUCACUGCCAUUUAGGUGUUAAAUCACUUUGUUUCUGUUUAUGCAGCCCUUGUCAGACCUCCUCUGAUUCUUAUUGACACAGCCUGCAUGAAAAAAAUGGUUUUACUUUUAAUCAGAUAUAAUUUACCUUAAACAAUUGUAUCUCUUUCUCUGUAAAUUGAACUUUAAUCACAUACAGGAGACUCUUGCAGUGUCUAGCAAACUAUUGACAGAGCAGGGGACAAGAAAAUCUAAAUUAAACAGAACUUGUAAUAAAGGAAGGAUAAACUUUAGAUGACUCUUUACAGGAAGUGUUUAGGAAGGUUGUGCAAGUCAAAUGCAGGGAGGUGUGCAUAGGGUUCAUAAGACUGCAGGGACAUGUUCUAUACACCAACCUGUGGGUCUUCUCUACUAUCAUAGGUUACUAGGCAGCCUACUCUAUACCUUCUAUGGCGACAAUUUAUUAUUAGACACCCUAGGUCAUGUUUGAGGCUGAUGGGUCUCGUCCUCUCGCUAUGUUAAUACCAAGAGUUGCUGUAUUUUGCGAGUACACACGCAUACAUACUCACAUACACUGAUACAUCACUCUAGGGCAAAGCUCGCAUACAACACUUCCAACUAUGGAAAGGGAACACAGAACUUAUACACUCACCAGUCAUUGGAGCUUACGAUCCUAGCGUGAAUUGUUACGUUGUUAUUAUAUUGGAUUUACGAACCUUCUUGUUUUUUAUGACUUAUAUUGUUAACUUUGUACUUUUUGCUGGCUAGCGAGCCUAAUUAUUGCUGACUUUCAUGACUCAAUAAACAAGAUUUACAAAAAAAAAAUGAUCUAUACACCAAAACUGCUUUAUUAAGCUAAAGCUGUUUUUGGUGACUAAAGUGUCCCUUUAAGUUGUUAUAGGGGAAGUAGUGUAUGGGCGCCGUUCAGGGAUUGAACGGUUUUCCAGUAUUUUAACCUGAAGUUGGGACCUUUUCUUUAGGAUGUCUAUGUGACUGUCUACUAAACAUUUUUAUUUUUAUUUUUACUUUUUUUAGUUUUCUUAAUACUUUAUGUUUUGUAUUUUGAUAUUAUUCUGAAUAUUCUUAAAUUAUGUACACUGGCAUGCGGUUUAUUUUCUAUUAAAUAAGAUUUAAUCAACUGAAACAUUUAAACAAUUUAUUUAUUAAUUAAUUAAUUAAUUAGUAAUAUCAGAGGACUGGAUGUCAAGGUGACUGAGUCUCUGACAGAAAUCAUAAUUGCGAUUCACUGUUAGCUGUAACAGAAUAUCAUGCAAGUAUAUUACAACUCUAUUGCAUUUCUUUUCGUCAGUAAUAAAAGGAGCAGGAAGACCUCAAGUGAAAUCUUGAGCAUAUCAUAAUGCAUAAGUAAUAGCACGGAGCAUGUUUUUUUCUGCUAAAUGUUAUAGGGCUUAUAAUAAUCACUACAUCAGUCCUGUAACCUACUAUCACAAUCCUAGAAUAGUGGUUCCCAAUCUUAGUCCUCGAGGCACACUAACAGUCCAGUAACUAGGCAUUUUUCCAUUUUAUUCAUAUUGGGAUACUGACAAAUCAUGGGCUGAUAAAGCCCGACCUUGAGGACUGAGUUGAGAACCAAUGUUCUAGAGACGUUUUCCAUGGAUAGCAAAAAGCAUUACCAAAAGAUGAACAAGUUUUUGUAAUAGUUCUAGAUAAACAUACGUCACCACAAAACAGAGUGCAUAAAUGUAUUUAUUUUCACAAGAUAUAGAUAUUAUAUAUUCAAUAAAAACGACGUAUAUGCCUUCCAUUUUACUUUAAUGUGUUCUUUAUCUUCUUCAGGAUGAAGAUUCAGAGAAGAAUGAAGCAAAAACAGAGUUAUAAUUAAAAAAAAUAUAUAUUCAAUUCUUUAUCUUUAGAAGAUUUUUGGAAGUUUAAGUAAAUAUUUUGUGUUUACAGUAAUAAAAAGAUUUUUAGUAUA